UUAAAUCUGUGCGUGGUGUAGCGCAAAUUACGUCAGGAGUGCAUGCCAGAAUAAUAGUUUAAUUUUUAGAAAUUCUUGUUUUCCAAAGGCGAAAAAUGUAACCAGCAAAUAAGAAGUCCUGCCUUUAAUGCAUUACUUACGGAAUAUCAGGUGAAAAUAGGAAUGAGAAGAGCUGCUUAGAUUGACAUUAAUUUCGGUUUAAUAUGCACAAAGCUGUCUGACAGCUGCUGCGAGCUAGCUAUAAUGCUAUCUAGUAUAAGGAUAACAUUACAAGAGAGACAUUCAUUGUAACGUUGUUAUGCGACAUUGUUACUAGCUAGCUAUUCCCUGCAUAGACCAAUCUACAAUGUAACAGGGACUUGUUUUGCUGCUGGUUGUUGGCUACUUUGUUGCAGCAGGCUGUGACAAACAUUCCACUGAUCAAAUAUAAUUCGUAUUUCCUAAACUCUCUUUGAACAGUGAGGGAGGUUCAAAGAAUACAAAUUCAAUUGACAAACGUUGUUUCAGUUUUAACUAAUGGCAAAGAAAGAAUGUGUUGCACAAUGCAAAGACGAAUCCUCAAUGCUACGAAAUCGGAGAGGCCAGAUGAAUACAGGGGAGCAGUGCCCUGUUUCAACCCAUCAUGAGUCGACCCAGGAGGAGAAUACAGAGGAUGAUAGACUGUCUGAAGGUGACAGCCAAUCCUUAAAUGGGACAUCAGCACAACAUGACCAGGACAUCUACUCUCCAAAUAAUGAGGCACAAAGCACAGUUUACUUUCUGUUGGUGGUGUUGCUCUCUUUUUCCACACGCCUUUACAAAAUCAUGGAACCCCCUCAUGUAUGCUGGGAUGAAACCCACUUUGGGAAAAUGGGGAGCUACUACAUCAACAGGACCUUCUUCUUUGAUGUCCACCCACCACUUGGAAAAAUGCUGAUCGGGCUAGCUGGGUACAUGACUGGCUACGACGGCACCUACCCGUUCCUUAAACCUGGGGACAAAUAUGAGCACCACAACUACUGGGGGAUGAGAGGGUUCUGUGCAUCUCUGGGCUCCUGCCUGCCCCCCUUUGCCUACCUCACAGUGCUGGAGUUGUCCCAGUCCCCAACAGCUGCCCUCAUCACUGCUGCAAUGCUGGCCUUUGACACUGGCUGCAUCACCAUCUCCCAGUACAUCCUUCUUGACCCCAUCCUCAUGUUCUUUAUAAUGGGAGCAGUGCUCAGCAUGGUCAAGUUCAAUCUACAGAGAUAUAGGCCCUUUAGCGCACCCUGGUGGUUCUGGCUGGUACUGACAGGGGUAAACCUGUCUGGGGCUCUGGGGGUUAAGUUUGUGGGGCUGUUUGUCAUCCUGCUGGUGGGACUGAACACAGCCUGGGACCUGUGGAGUUUGCUGGGGGACCUGCACCUCUCUCUGAUGGAUUUUGGGAAGCACUUGUUGUCCCGGGUGUUUGGGCUUAUCCUGCUUCCUCUGUUCCUGUAUGUUACAAUAUUUGCAGUCCACUUUGUUGUCCUGAACAAAAGUGGUCCAGGAGAUGGCUUCUUUAGCUCUGCUUUUCAGUCCCGUCUGAUUGGAAACAACCUACACAAUGCAUCCAUGCCUGAGUACCUGGCAUAUGGAUCAAUCAUCACUGUGAAGAACCUACGCAUCGCUGGAGGAUACCUCCACUCUCACUGGCAUCUGUACCCAGAAGGAGUAGGAGCAAAGCAGCAGCAGGUCACAGCAUACCUCCAUAAGGACUAUAACAACCUGUGGCUGGUGCAAAGACCCAAUGACAGUGAUGCACAAUCAGGAGAACCUGACCUUGUUCGUCAUGGUGACAUUAUUCGAUUGGAGCACAAAGAGACUACCCGUAACCUUCACAGUCAUCUCCACGAGGCACCUCUCACUAAGAAACACUUCCAGGUCACAGGAUAUGGCAUCAAUGGAACAGGUGACCCUAAUGACCUGUGGCAGGUGGAGGUGUGUGGGGGUCGGAAGGGCGACCUGGUCAAGGUGUUACGCAGCAAAGUACGCUUCCUGCACCGAGCAACUGGCUGUGUGCUCUACUCCUCCGGCAAGACUCUCCCCAAAUGGGGCUGGGAACAGGUGGAGGUUACGUGUAGCCCAUAUCUGAAGGAGACCCCAAACUCUCAAUGGAAUAUUGAGGAUCAUAUCAAUACCAAAUUGCCCAACAUUAGCCUUUCAGUGCUGAAGCCCCACUUCCUGGAGAUAUUGCUGGAGUCCCACAUCGUUAUGAUCAGGGGUAACAGUGGGUUGAAGCCCAAAGACAAUGAAAUGAACUCUAAACCCUGGCACUGGCCAAUCAACUACCAGGGAUUGAGGUUCUCUGGAGUGAAUGAGACUGAGUACCGUGUCUACCUGUUAGGGAACCCUGUGAUCUGGUGGCUGAACCUGCUUAGUCUGGGCCUGUAUGUGGUUAUGGUGGCAGCGGCCUCUAUAGCCCUCCGCAGAGGAGUCCAGCUAGACAAGAGAAGAACAGAGCAUUGUCGCGUGCUGAUGGAAGGUGGAGGGCUGCUGCUCCUGGGCUGGUUGCUGCACUACGUACCCUUCUACACCAUGGGCCGCAUCCUCUACUACCACCACUACUUCCCUGCCAUGCUCUUCAGCAGCAUGCUAACAGGGAUAACUUUGGACACCCUGCUGCAGAGUGCUGACCUGUGGCUCCGCCCACCCUAUUCUUACUGGCUGCUUAGAGGAGGACUGGCAAUGCUAUUCCUGGCCAUCCUCUAUAGCUUUUACAUGUUUCACCCUCUGUCCUAUGGUAUGAGAGGGCCGCUGGCCCAUGACCCUGCUAGUACCAUGGCUGGCCUGAAGUGGAUGGACUCCUGGGAGUUUUAGUCAGUUGAACAGUCAGGAAGAGUUCUGACUGACAGUGAUAUAUAUCAGUGGUUUUAUUUUUAUCAGUGGUGUUUUAGCAGACAUGCAAGUGUCUAUUUCUUACACACUACGUGAACUUCAGAAAUUACAGUAUUUUUCAUAAUGUGCAUAGCUAUGGAUUGUUAAAUAUUUAACAUGAAAGUAUUUUAUUAGUCAGUUUUAUGUCCAGAUAUUUCAAAGUGUUUUAAUUCAACAUUGAAAACUGAAUAUUUGAGUGACUUUCUACACUUGAAUUGCGCAGCAGUGUGUUGUGAAACGAUAUUAAGACCAGAAUAUACUGUUCACAAUCAUAGCCUACUCUUUUGGUGUUGGGAGAUAACUUGAUAAAUACAUGAAUGUGCUUUAGGUGGAUGUUGAAAUGUAAUGAAUUGUGUUUAUUUAAUUGAGACUGUUAGUGACGGCUAAUGAUGUCUACUGAACUGCCUUAACAUGCGUUUAGUUUUUUCUUGACUGAGUUGCAAUAAUGAGCUAAGUGCCUAGGGACUAAAUCCAUUUAAAAUACUUUUGAGAAUCUAAUAUUCUAAUUAAAUGUUUUAUGAUAUGAAUGAAUUAACCUGUUUCCAUUAUUAUAAUAUCAAAUUUCCUUUUUCUUUGUUUAUCUUGCAAAGUUUGCUUGAUCUUACAUUGUGCACAGUAUUGUAUAAAUAUUUGGCAAGAUACAGUGCUUUCAAUGACUGUCAGUUCUGCAUUUUGCUUUCUCAAAGAAAGGGAUCUGUUACUUUUCAAUACAACUCUCCAAAACAACCUUUUUUACCUGUUGAUUGUAUAUUGUCUCAAUUUUACUAGUGCAUAAUCAUUGCCUUUUAUUGCUCCUGUGGUGUCCUAUAUGUGUUAGCAAUGUGUGAUCUUAUUUCAUGUGUGGUUAUGAUGAAUAAUAUGUUAGUUUUUUGCAUUUGUAUGUGACAAGUUAACAGACAUUAUCAUCUUUUUACUCCUCAAAUACAGAAAAGGAGCACUGAA